GGUGAUGCUGUCAGCCUCUGGGUGGAGACUGAGACCUUAAACCGAUCUGUUUUCCUUAAUUAAGGUGUGAAAAAUGGUUCAGCGCCUGACCUACCGACGUAGGUUGUCCUACAACACAGCUUCCAACAAGACCAGGCUGUCCCGAACACCUGGGAACAGGAUUGUUUACCUUUACACCAAGAAAGUAGGGAAGGCACCAAAGUCAGCAUGUGGUGUAUGCCCAGGAAGACUUCGCGGUGUUCGUGCUGUGCGUCCCAAAGUUCUUAUGAGGCUGUCAAAAACAAAGAAGCACGUCAGCAGAGCCUAUGGUGGUUCCAUGUGUGCUAAGUGUGUCCGCGACAGGAUCAAGCGAGCUUUUCUUAUUGAGGAGCAGAAGAUCGUCGUGAAAGUGUUGAAGGCACAAGCACAGAGCCAAAAGUCCAAGUGAAUCUAUUUGUAUUUUGUGCCCAAUAAAUGAAAGUUCCACUUU